AUGGGUCUUCUGCAGAGGCACUAUUGGAUGUGUCCUGCUAUAAGUUUUCAAUUUUCAUUACACUUCACUCCGCUACAAUAUAUCAAUCCUCGAAUACACCAUCUCGAUAUGAUUUCACAACAAUAUGUUGCACUUUGUGAAGAUAUUGAUAACGGAACAAAGUACUUCUCAAACGAUGAACAUACAACUACUAGCCUUGCAUACAGAAGGGGAUGGAAUUGCCUCUACAAUUGCAUUACAUUACUUGGUGGAAUGCCAGAAUAUUUUACGUUCGAACUUCGAUUACGUAACAUCAUUGAAUUAGUAAUCAAUGUUGAUCAUUAUCUCAAGCUUUAUGAAAUAUCUGAUACAAAUUUAAAAACAUAUGGUACACAAACAAUGGUGUUUGAUAGAAAAUGGGCUGAAGGGUGGGAUUUGUUUGGAUUAUGUUCUAUUCUUAAUUGUAACAUUCGUUCAGUUUAUCCAAAUGUCGAUGGUGUAAGUAAAGAUGACAAUCCAUCAAAAAGAUUAUUAAAUGUAACAUUUCAACCUCGUGAAACCAUCGCAACAAAUACAAUAUUAAUUAUGUGGUCAAAAGGAGUAUUGCCAGAAGACUGA